AUGUCCUGCCCUGCUGCCUCUUCCCAGCUGGCCCAGCCCAGAAGCCAAGGAUCUAGGCCAGGACCGUGCUCCGGGACCCGACCCCCUCCCCGAGACCUGGCCCUUCCCCUUCCUGAGACGAUGGCGAACAUCACUGUGGAUAACUUCUCGUGCUACGAGGCAUCCAUCGUGGGGUACCGCUACGUGGCCGUGAGCUGGGGCGUGGUGGUCACUGUGGUGGGCACGCUGGGCAACGUGCUGACCCUCCUGGCCUUCUCAGCCGACGCCAAGGUGCAGACCCGCUUCAACCUGCUCAUCGUCAACCUGACGCUGGCCGACCUGCUGUACUGCGCCGUGCUGCAGCCCUUCUCCGUGGACUCCUACCUGCACCUGCACUGGCGGGCCGGCCCCAGCUUCUGCCGCGUCUUCGGCAUGCUGCUCUUCGUCUCCAACUCGGUCUCCAUCCUGACGCUCUGCCUCAUCGCCGUCAGCCGCUACAUGCUCAUCGCCAACCCGGCCCUCUUCAACCGGGUCUUCUCCCGCCUGGGCGUGGGGCUCGUGGCCCUGGGCUCCUGGGUCCUCGGCUUCGCCAGCUUCGCCCCGCUCUGGCCCGUCUUCGUGCUGGUUCCCAAGGUUUGCACCUGCAGCUUCCACCGGAUCAGGGGCCGGCCCUACACCACUAUCCUGAUGGCCUUCUACUUUGUGGUGGGCCUCAGCUGCGUGGGCAUCUUCUACUUCCUCAUCCACCGCAAGGUCAAGGUGGCGUCCCAUGCCAUGGACCACUACAAGCUGAAGAAGGCCAGCGUGAAGGGGGCUUACGUCGCUGGGGCCAGCUCGGCCACGCCGGGCCAGUCUGGGGAGCUGGACAGCGGUGUGGACACGGGCGUCUCCCAGUCCUCCAGCAUCUCGGAGCAGGGCCACACCUCCAAGACACUGGUCACGGAAAAUGGCCCAGCCCCAGCCCCCACCCCAGCCCCUGUCCCUGCCCCUGCGGCUCAGGCCCCGGCGGUGCCCAAAAGCCUGCCCUCCCAGCCCAAGGACAGCAACAAGGAGUUCCGGAAGGUCACCCGCAUGUGCUUCGUGGUCUUCCUCUUCUUCGUCCUCAGCUACAUCCCCUUCCUCCUCCUCAACAUCUUUGACGCCAAGAACCGGGCGCCCACGGCGCUGCACAUGGUGGCUGCCAACCUGACCUGGCUGAACAGCUGCAUCAACCCGGUGCUGUACGCCGCCAUGAACCGCCAGUUCCGCGAGGCCUACACGCGUGUGCUCUCCACCAUCUCGCGCCGCCUCCGGUGCCUCUGA